CAAAGAAACCAGAGUUUUUUUUUCGCUUUCUCUCUUGUUUUCUUACCUCCAAAAAUGGCGUCGGCGAGCACUUGGAUGUUAUCUUUGAAGGUACUGUUUAUUUCCACUGGUUUAUUGGCCAUAGUUUUAGGGCUUAAAGUCUCUGUUCCAUUGGUCAUGGAAUUCUCCGUUUCUCAAGCUCCGUUGUUAUGGAGCACGGUCUCUUCUGGGCUCAAGCCACAGUAUCUUUACGUCAUCAUCAAUGGAAUCAUAAUCACGAUUGUAGCAUCGUCGCGGUUUCACCAAAACCACGCGGAUGACGAACAGGCGGAAGAGAUGCAGCAGCGGCAGCCGAGACCGAUAAUCUCCUUGGAUCAACGGCCAGCGGUGGAGCACGAGAUGAAGAACGGCUUGGAUUUAGGUGAAACGGAACUGGUCGAGUACGAGCAAAAGCGGGGAGGAGAAGAGGUGGAAACGACGGUUUUUGAGGCGUAUACCAAUGUAGCGAUUGUUGUUAGAGAUGGAGGAGGUGACGAGUGGAUUCCUCCGAGGAGAAUGGAUUCGUCGGAGAUUCCAUCGGAUGUUAUGUUUCAGCUGGCAAAACCGCCGGUUUCCUCUAGAUUCGGUCACCGGAAACCUGUUAAAGCCAGUCCUGAAGGUGGCCGAGCAUUGAAGCGGGUGGCGAAACCCAAACGCCACGAGACGUUGGAGAGCACGUGGAAGAUGAUAACGGAAGGGAGAGCGAUGCCGAUGACGAGGCACUUGAAGAAAUCGGACACUUGGGACAAUCACGGCCGUGAUAUCAACGUCGAGGCGUUGGUCGAUUCGACGGCGGCGAUGAAGAAAUUUGAAACGUUCAGAGACCGGACCAAUUACCAGCCUUCUCCACCUGUACAAGUGAGCUCUCCUUCUCCGGCUUCGGCAGUGAAACUGAGGAAAGAGCCGUCGCUGAGUCAGGAAGAGUUGAACCGGCGAGCGGAAGCGUUUAUAAAGAAGUUCAACGAGGACAUGAGGUUGCAGAGACAAGAGUCGCUUAAUCAGUACAUGGAAAUUGUUAACCGCUAAUUAUCGAUUAAUUAA